AUGGGGGCCAGACAGUCGAGGACCAACUCCAAGGACAAGGACCCCAAGGGGAUGCUGCUCCUCAGGAGGGGACAGAAGUUUUCUCCCUGGGAUGACACCGUGCUCUUGGGAAGGGACCCGCGGUCCCUGCUGAAGCGGGGCAUGCGCCACAUCAGCUUCAGCUUGGUCACCAAAGGAAUGACAGACAUCCCCGACUUUCUGUGGGGCCUCUCGGAGGUCCAGAAACUCAAUCUGUCGCACAACCAGCUCCGGAUUCUUCCGCCCGAGGUGGGGAGACUGAGUCGGAUCGUGGUCUUGAACUUGUGCGGGAACCGCCUGAAGAGUCUGCCCAGGGAAGUCAGCCUCCUCCACAGCCUCAAGGUCCUGUUCGUCAACAUGAACUGCCUGACCGAGGUGCCGGCGGAGCUGAGCCUGUGCAGAAACUUGGAGGUGCUGAGUUUGUCCCACAACUGCCUGUCCCAGCUUCCCGCCAGCCUCGCCGACCUCUCCCGGCUGAGGAAGCUGAACCUCAGCAACAACUAUUUUGCACACAUCCCCGUGUGUGUCUUCUCGCUGAAGGAGCUGGAUUUCUUGCACGUGGGCUCCAAUCGCCUGGAGAACAUCGCCGAGAGCAUCCAGUGCCUGGCCAGCCUGCAGAUCUUCAUCGCCGAGAGCAACAACAUCCACUCCUUCCCAAGGUCGCUCUGCCUCGUCUCCAGCCUGGAGAUGCUGAACUUAAACAACAACGACAUCCAGACCCUCCCGGACGAGCUCUAUCUGCUGGGUAGACUGACAAGGAUCGCGUGGAACCCUAUGGACAAGGGGCUCCACAUUUCCCAUAAUCCCUUAUCCAAGCCGUUGCCAGAGCUGGUGGAGGGGGGCCUAGAGAUGCUCUUCAGCUACCUGAAAGAGAAAAAACACAACUGA